AUGAUUUCGAAAAAUGGUAUCGUAAGUGUUUACGGUUUUCUGUUGGGCUUGUCCAUCUUAUUCGUGUGGUUGCUGCUUCGGAAUAGUGACCUGCUGGACACCUACGUCGACCCUGCAGUUGUGAACCCGUUGCACUUGUUUAUCGUCUACGCAGCCAUCGCCAACGUCCUAGUACGCGUCGUCAACCGAGGAACAACGUAUAAAGUAUGUGCCCAGGCCUUGUUCUUGGGUUUGGCCAUGGCUGCAGGAUUGCUGAUCUCGAUCCAAGCACCGGCCUCCUGGAAGCCUUUUGGAUGGUACAUAUGUGUGAUGGCCAUAUUUCAUUACUCAGAGUUCCUCAGCAUAGCUGUGUGUAAUCCUAAAACUCUAACGUCCUCAUCGUUCAUGUUGGAUCACAGUAUCGCUUAUGGUGUAGCUGCUACAACUAGUUGGCUCGAAUAUUUAUUGUGGCAUUACUUCUUACGUGAUAUGAAAACUAUUCAUGAAAUCAGUUACUUUGGUCUUCUGCUAUGUGCUUUUGGCGAGGCUUUGAGAAAAGGUGCCAUAUGGACUGCUAGAGAUAACUUCACGCAUUUAGUGCAGCAAGAAAAAGCACAGACCCAUACACUGGUCACACACGGAGUGUACUCGUGGUUCAGACAUCCUAGUUAUGUUGGAUGGUUUUACUGGUCCAUAGGCACACAGAUUGUCAUGAUCAAUCCCGUGUGCGUGGUGGCGUAUGCGCUGGCCAGCUGGAAAUUCUUCAAGGACCGAAUCUACUACGAGGAAAUCACGCUCUUGAAUUUCUUUGGAGAAGACUACAUUUCAUAUCAGGAAAAAGUCGGAAUCGGCUUACCGUUUAUCAGGGGAUUUGUGGUGACACGUGACAAACAAUAA